CACUCAGGGUAGUCUGGCGCCAGACUGCACGGUUGAAGCGGGGGGUUUCCGUUCCGCCUCACCCACCAUGAAGCUGAGCGAGGAUGCACAGCAGGAACUCUACGCCUGGAUCGACCGGGUGCCGCUGUCACGACCCAAGCGGAACAUCGCCCGCGACUUCAGCGACGGAGUUAUGGUUGCUGAAGUGGUGAAGCACUUUUUGCCCCGAUUGGUAGAAAUGCACAACUAUAUUCCAGCAAACUCCACCCAACAGAAGCUGAGUAACUGGCAGCUGCUAAACAGGAAGGUGUUUUCCAAAUUGCAUUUUCGUAUUUCUGAAGAUAUGCUGAAAAAGUUGGUUAAGAGUUGCCCUGGAGUUAUUGAACUGGUUUUGCAUACGCUGAGACAGAAGAUUGGGGAAGAACUCACUGUGAUACAACAGGAUGUGGAAGAUUACAGUGAUAGAACUGAUAAGAGUUUUCCAAAUUACAUUCCUGUCAGCAUGCAUCCAUUUGCAAAGGAGUGCCAACUCAAACCAGAAAUGUGCAACAAUAAUCCCAGAUCAUUUUGUAAGCAGUAUUCCCACUUGGAUCCUGCAAUCCGUUUCCUGUUGGAAGAGAAAGAACAAGCUUUGUUGGCUCUUCACGAAACCGUGGAGCCAAAGCACUUAAUGAAAAUGAUGGCUGCAUUUCAAGAACAAUCAUCAUGCUAUGGGAUUCUGCAGUUGAAAGUACAGAGACUUGAGCAUCUGGUUCAGCUGAAGGACCUGCGAAUUGACGACCUGACAAGGCAUUUGAAGAAACAGAAAGCAAAGGAGAUAGCAAACUGACAAUAACUAAACCAAAAAAAUCUUCUCCAUCUUUGUAGGGGAGAAAUAUGUGGUGGAUGUGUUCUUUGUGGAUAUGUGUGUGUGCGCUUUAGGAUCUGGGAUUACAGGGACUCUGAGCCAUCUCCUAGAGUCAAACUUGCCAGUACCUGUCACAACCAAAUCCAACUGUGUCCCAGUCUCAGUACAAUCUUCUACUUCAGUAACCAGGAAAGCUCCGAGAUGUCAUUAGUUCUUACCUAAAUACCCUAAAAAAUUAAUAGUUUUUUAAGUGGUGAAAGUAGUUGCCACAGACAUAGAUUCUACUCUUUGUACAAUGUUUUGCUGCUGGUCGAGAUGUGUAAUUUCUACAAUAAAACAUGGAACAUGAAUAAGCCAUGUUCUGUCUGGUUAUACUGAGCAGUGGAGUCCAGACUAACUCGAGAGAGUGGCUGCCUUUCACAGUAAGUGAUGUUAAACACAUUGAAUCUAUUGCAGAGUUGGAAAUAGAACUGGAUUUAACCCA